AUUAUAUUAUCGGAGACGAGGAAAACAAAUAUAGAGAACAGAAUAGGCUUGAGGAGGAAGUCAGAUUCCAGGCAUAAAGAACUGAAAUUACAAAAUCGCUCUCCCUCUCCCUUCUUUGCUUUUGCUUUACUAAUCCUUAUUGUUUCUGAUUGAACUUUGGUUAAUCUUUACUAAGUUAAUGGAUCUCAACGCUCCUCACUCCAUGGGUACUACUAUCAUCGGCGUCACCUAUAACGGUGGCGUGGUACUCGGUGCUGACUCUCGCACCAGCACUGGAAUGUAUGUUGCUAAUAGGGCAUCUGACAAAAUUACUCAGCUAACUGACAAUGUUUACAUUUGCCGUUCUGGAUCGGCUGCAGAUUCCCAAAUUGUAUCUGAUUAUGUGCGUUACUUUCUUCAUCAACACACAAUACAGCUAGGGCAGCCUGCAACUGUCAAAGUUGCUGCGAAUCUUGUCAGGCUACUAUCUUAUAACAAUAAGAACAUGCUGGAAACUGGCAUAAUAGUUGGUGGGUGGGACAAGUACGAGGGUGGUAAAAUUUAUGGAAUUCCUCUUGGUGGGACAAUAAUAGAGCAGCCUUUUGCUAUAGGAGGAUCUGGCUCCAGUUAUUUGUAUGGAUUCUUUGAUCAAGCAUGGAAAGAAGGAAUGACAAAAGAUGAAGCUGAGCAAUUAGUUGUGAAGGCAGUUUCCCUGGCAAUCGCAAGAGAUGGCGCUAGCGGUGGUGUUGUGCGCACUGUCAUUAUUAAUUCAGAGGGAGUGACAAGAAACUACUAUCCUGGCGACACACUUCCGCUGUGGCAUGAAGAGUUAGAGCCUCAGAAUUCACUAUUGGAUAUGCUUAAUACCUCUAGUCCUGAGCCAAUGAACAUAUGAUGACUUGAAAGAUAGACAUGGCUUGCCAUAUUUUAGCAUUUACGUCACUGGCUGUCCUGCUACAUUUCAUUUUCUUCUUCUAUUAAAUAGGACUAUUUGUAUGUCUUGGAAAGAGACUCUUGUAUUUGUUCAACUUGCAACUUAAAGAUGCUAUGUAUUUCAGACCUUGGAUUUGGUUAUUUUUACCACUUGAUUAUUAACUGGCCA